AUGAGUUCUAAAGAAUUGAAGAAGAAGAUUCAAGAAUAAUUUGCUGUUUGUGAAUAACAAUUUAUCAAAGCAAUCGAGCAUACAAAGAAAAGAAUAGUUGAAUAAAUUGACUAAUUCUAAAAAGAAAAAUUAAAUAGUAUCAACUAGUCUUUGCUUAGCUUCAUAUCCCAAAUUAGAUAUGGAGACCAUGAUAAGAAAAUGGAGUACCAUAUCCUUUCAAGUAUCAAUUAAAUGAACUAAAAAUUUCCUGAAUUCCAGAAAAUUUUAAAAGCAUAAAUUCGUAUUCCAUUGCGCGAAGCUAUGAAAAAAAUUGAAUUUGAUCUCCCAAAAUUAGAAAUCUUACCUGUCAGCUUUAACUUACAACACAAAAAAUCACUCGCAUAAACAUCAGCUCAGUUAGCAGAAAAUUAAGCGAUAAAUUGUGUUACAAGUCUUCCACUUAGCAGAAUCGCUGCAGUGGUAAAUACAAAAAUAAAAGUUAUGGACAUAAACUAAGAAAAGAUUUUAGCUUCACUCGUAGCUCACACAGAAAGAAUUACAUCUUUGAACUAUUUUAAUAUAAAGAGAUAAGUUAAUAUAAGUGAUACGAUCUCUUUAUCAUAGAAAAUGAAGUAGAGUUCGAAGAAAGCAAAUCGCAAACAUUCUGCAUAAUAAAGCAGUAGCAAAUUGCAUACUCAUUAGUAGGAUCUCUAAAGUCAUAAUAAUCGCUCUUAAUCCUUAGAACAUGAAGAUUUGUCCAGCUAAAAUAUUUCUUAUCCCCAAGCAGAGAAAAAAAUAAUUUCUGAAUAAGUUUUAAUAAGUACAUCUCUAGAUAAGAGAUGCUAAAUUAUGAAUAUAGGUGAUUAUAGUUUAAUUAAUACAAUCAAAUUGAAUAAGCAAGGACAUAAUGUAAUUUAGAUUUCUGAAAGAGAAAUACUGAUUUAACAAAUAGAUGGAUUCAGUACUUUUAUAGAUAUGAAAAAAAAGACAGGAGAGUUCAAAUUUACUUAACAAAUAUUAAGGUGUGCAUACUCCUAAUAAUACAAAACAGUUGUCUUACAUACUAAAAAUAAAAUCACUACAAUUAAUAAAAGGACUAUGAGAAUCAUUUCGACUUUCGCAGGCCCAAGUGAAUCUUUUUAUUUGAAAAUCUUGGAUAAAUAAAUCAUCAUUAUAGAUACUAACGGAAUUAUUAUUUAAGAUUUGUAAAGUGGCAAAAUAGAAAAAUAAAAAGUGUUAGGCCUUUAAUCUCCUAUAUGCUCUCUUACAGAUUUAAAUGACGGAUCUCACGUUGCUGUUAUCACUCUGAAAAAUGAAGUGGCUGUAAUUGAUUACUUAAAUAUGAAAACUCUCAGUGUUCUUAACCUUGGAGGAAAAUCAGGAGCAAGGAGCAUUACUUACAUGAAUGAUGGAUAAAAUUUUGCUAUAAAUACAGUUGAUAAUAAAAUUAAAUUAUGGACAUUUUCUAAAGAUUGA